AUGUCAGCGAAACGCCCCAGACUCGUGUCUCCGGUACAGUACAAUCGCCUGCCCAUCCCAGAAACCGACAUAGAUACCUCCUUCUCCUAUCAUCAAGCAUUUUCUCCCAGGCUUGUACCGAGAACGGAUUCGCAAAAAUGGGGACUCCCCGAGUUCGCUGAAAUACGCGCUGUUCACGCUCUCGAGACUACGCCGGAGAAUGAACGGCUGGUUCGGACUCAUCAUCCCACAUUGCGACUACAUGAUCAAGUUUACGUAUCGCAUCCCCAGUACGGCCCUGAGGUCUGGCUUGUGAACGGCGCGUGUGAAGACAUUGAAGCGGGAGGGCGAUCGUUGCACCCUUAUCCUGAGGACAGGUUGAACCUUCAACCGAUUGGGAGAGUCCUGACUCCACGUUCACCAUGGAAGGAGGAUUAUCUUUUCAAAGAAGGUAUUAACCCAAGAAAGCUCCUGUCCCCCGAGAAGAUUGAUAACUUGCGCGAGCUUUUCCCCGUGGCAGUAGGGGCCCGUCUUUUCGUCAGUGGAUUCCUAGUCGUCCUUUUUAAAUCACUCCAUGAAAUUCAAGCCGUGUAUGAGAGAGACUGGAUCAUGGAAGUUGGGGGUUUGCGAACAAUCUAUGAUGAAUAUAGGCUCGAAGCCAGCGCCGACACCGUCAUGUCCGGCAUGGAAGUUUGCAAAAAACCCGAGAGUCUUCAUGGUCAAGGCUGCUUGGGCCUGAGAAUUCGGAUGACUGAUGGAAAAGAAGCCAUAACGACUGUAACACAUGGCUUUGUGAGAAACCCUCAAUGGUCUCGCAUGACGAUGAUGUUUUCCGACUGGAUCCUGAGAUCCAAGAGCGCUCUUUCAUGCUUCCGCCGUCCACCACCUCAAUCCGACACUUGCGCAAUUGGAGUCGAACGGAGUUCAAACAAGAAUUCUCCGAUUGGGAAAGAGGUUUGGCUAGCGACGGAGAAGAAGAGGAUCGGUGUUAUCUCCCAUACAUUCGACGAUCCAAGUCCAGUUCUUCCGUUUCCGGCUGGCUAUCGGCACGACGUCAGCCUCAUCAUGGACGAUGAUCUACCUCAACUUGUCAGCCCGCCUGGCUAUCCCGCUGUGUCGGGAUGGGCGUCAUACUCCGCUGCGCUCGCUGGGUCCGAUGUCUACGUAACCCGGAUGAACACGGUCGUUGGGAGGUGGCUUCUACUCGAAGGAACCGUUGAUCCUAAUGCAAUUAGAAACGCAACAGUCAUAGGUACCCAGUAUCUAUGGGACCGCACUGCAUAUUCACAGACUGCGUCACUUUUGUGGAAAACGAAGGAACCGUUCAGUCCUGCAGAUGGGUGGUCAGGAUCAGUCCUGUGCCUUGGACGGCCGACAGACGAGUCGAGCCUUGCGGUUGUCUUCCAGAAUUUUCAAGUGCCCUGCACCACGCUCGUGAAUCCCGAAUCCGGUAAAUAUCAACAAGUACCUGUUAAAGGGGGAUUCUUGCUCCCAGAAUCCAUACGGUCUUCCAAAAUUGUCACAAGCAAUGACCAACACCGGGGGCGGGAUUCCGACACGUAUCCGCGCCGCAGCAGAGAACGCGCAAGUUCAGACCGUCGGGUGUUCUCGACCCUUUAA